ACUCUAGCAGUGUCAAAAACUAGCACAUCCUUUUUUGGGACAUGGCAUUGUCAUUAAUGCCAAGAAUUGUUCCACAAACAAAAGAUGUUUGUAAGGGAGCAGUUUUCUUUCUACAUGGAUCAGGGGACACAGGUAUAGGAAUACAAGACUGGUUGAGAUCGAUUCUAGAUGAUGACUUUAAAUUCCCUCAUUUGAAGGUUAUCUUUCCUACAGCUCCGUUAAGACCUUACACACCUAAUAAUGGAGGAAGAAGCUAUGUAUGGUUUGACAGGAAAAAUAUUUCUCCAUUUGUAUCUGAACAUGAAACUUUAGAUGAAACAGCUAAAAGUUUAUCUCAGUUGAUACAAACUGAAGUAGACAGUGGCAUUCCUUUAUCCAGAAUUGUUAUAGGUGGAUUUUCAAUGGGAGGUGCUAUGUCAUUACACAUGGGAUACAGAUAUGUUCCACAAGUUCCAGGAGUAUUUGCCCUGUCCAGUUUUCUAAAUAAUGGAUCCUCAGUGUUUAAGACAUUAGAAACUGUAAGUGACAAAUCAAAAUUACCCAAGUUAUUCUGUUGUCAUGGUGACCUGGACCAACUUGUUUUACCAGAAUGGGGACUGAAUACAAACAAACAGUUAGAAGAGCUUGGAAUAUCAACAGAGUUUCAUAAAUUUAAUUUUUAUCAUGAAAUGAACUUUAAGGAAAUCAGCAUGUUGAGAGAAUGGAUUCUGAAAUUAAUACCAGAAAAUUCAAGUCAAUUGUGAUAUGAAAUAAUUGUGUUGUUUCUGAAGUACUGUACAAUAUAUUCGGAAAUUCUUAUGCAGCAGUGAUUGAGUUCAAGCCUUAUAUCAGAUUGGCAUGAUUUGUUGUAGUUACUAGUUAGGCAUGAAAACAAAAAAAUCUAAUCUCUCUAAAAUAAAAAAAAAUGAUCAAAGCUUUUACGGUAUUUAUCCUUAAUAGGUCUUUAAUAAUGAAACCAAAGAUAAGUUUUUAAAAUUCAAUUUCAUGUAUGGUUAAAAGCAUAGACAGUAAAUAAGUGACACAAAAUGUGAUUGGUUUUUAUUUGAAAUUGAAUUAUUUUUAGAAGAAAAUUUGUAAAUAAAGAACAUAUAUACCACUAA